UUUUCAUCAGUUGGAAUCUUGUUGUUAGGGGGAGUGUUGCUUACCGCGCCGCAGUCGUUUUUGCGACCAGUGCCGAAUACUUUGUAAAAUGUCUACAAAGACAGGAAACUUCAAAAAUCCCUUUUCAAGACCAUGGAUGACUGAUACAGGCGCAGCGGCUGCGGCGGGAGGUUCAGGAUCCGUCGGGUUAAAAGGCGUUGUAGCUGGAGGAAUAACUGGUGGCAUUGAAAUUUGUAUUACAUUCCCAACCGAAUAUGUUAAAACUCAACUCCAGUUAGACGAAAAAGGUGGCACCAAAAAGUACACUGGUAUAGUAGAUUGUGUAAAAAAGACUGUAAAAGGCCAUGGAUUCUUUGGUCUUUACAGAGGCCUUAGUGUAUUGCUGUAUGGCUCUAUACCAAAGUCAGCAGUCAGAUUUGGUGUAUUCGAACAAGCGAAGCUGUACAUGGUGAACGAAAAUGGUACUCUCAGUAACACUGGCAAGCUGGCCUGCGGACUGGCUGCGGGAGUCGCCGAAGCGGUAUUCGCUGUCACACCCAUGGAGACAGUCAAGGUCAAAUUUAUUAACGACAUGCGUAUGGAGAAACCGAGGUUUAAAGGAUUUUUCCAUGGAGUCAGGACUAUUGUGAGGGAAGAAGGUGUCGGAGGAGUGUACAAAGGUGUUACAGCAACUAUAAUGAAGCAAGGCAGUAACCAAGCGAUCAGAUUCUUUGUGAUGGAGUCUCUCAGGGAUUGGUACAAGGGCGGCGAUAGAGACAAACCCGUGCCUAAAUACAUCGUAGGCUUAUUCGGUGGAAUUGCAGGUGCUGCUUCAGUGUUUGGUAACACACCGAUAGAUGUUGUAAAAACGAGAAUGCAAGGUUUAGAGGCGGCGAAAUACAGAAGUACGUGGGACUGUUUCAUCAAGACAUGGAAGCACGAAGGUCCACUCGCCUUCUACAAAGGUACUGUGCCUCGUCUCAGUCGCGUUGUCUUCGACGUCGCGAUCACUUUCACUAUAUACGAUAGUAUCAUGGAUGUCUUCAAUUACGUAUGGAAGUGAGGUACAUAUUUACUCUUAUAAACGGCUGAUACAUAGGCUUUUCAUGUAUUUUUGACAACUGUCAAAAUAUUUGACAGUUAGUAACAGCUGCCUAAAUGAUUGACAGUUUAGUGACAGCAGUUAAACGUUUGAUAGUUUUGAAUUGUGUCAAGUUUGACAGUUUAGUGACAGCUGUCAAAAUGUUUGACAUCUUGACAGGAGUUACUAAGAGUCAAUUUUUUAUGCUUAAAGCCUAAUUAGAAUAAUGUAACUACCGUUUAUAAGUUAUGUAACUGUAUUUUUGUAAUUUUUGUAUGAAGCUAUGCGGAUCUUAACCUCGAGUUUUUGUUACUGAAGGUUUUUACAGAAAUAUUUUUUAUACCAAAGGGAAGAGAAUGUUUCUGUUCAAAUGUUUUGGCAGUAAAUAUUCGCGGUCAGAUGUACAAAUAUGUGUGAGCUGUGCUAGAAAUUUGUAUUUGUAGACUUUAGAUUUAGUAUAAGCGUUUCAAAGUAUAUUUUUGUAUGACUCAUACGUUCGUAUGUGAUUUUUUUUCGUUGUUAUUUAUUGCAUUGACAAAAUUAUUUUUUACUGUUCAUAUUAUUUCUGAUAUUCAUACUGGGGCUUAUUUUUAUUUAUGAUUGUGAUAAAUAUUUUAAAUGUUUACAUUUUAUGAUUAUUUUUCAUUUAUUUUGGUAUAACCAUAAACUAUGUUGACUUUGAUAAUUUUUAUUUAGUUAAAACAAGUUUUUUUAUACAUGUGUACAAAAAUAAAACAUUGCAAUAGGUUUUAGACAUACAUAUUGGAAAAUACAUUAAUAAUUGCGAUAAAUUGUGUUUUAAAAGAACAUUUUUAUUUUUCAAAAAAUGACCAAAAUCAUAGUCGCCAUAUUGAAAUGUCAAGUUACUUGUCAAGUAUCGGCCAAUCAGAUUGCUGUAUUCUUGACAGUCUCAACACACUCUUAACUUAGUCCUAUGAUGCAAGUUUUAACUUUGCCAUUUAAAUAAUUAAGAGAAGUUACUUAGGCUGUGUUUUUAUUGUUUUAAUGUAAUAGUCAACAAUCAUUGCAGAU